GACGACGGCGGCCUGCUCCGCGACGCCCUCUGGAGCUCCUGCUUGAUGAGACCUCCCGCUUCGCCGCAACCGCCAGCGAAAACCGAGGUCAGCGCGGCGGGGGAGUAGCCCCACCGCUGUCGACAUGGGUAGUGGACGAGAUGAACCGCCUUUUUGGCGCGGGCGGUAGCGUUAACAACGGCCUCGCAGUUGCUGGGGGAGGUUCCAGUGCCGUCAUCGGUGGCGACCGAGGCCGUCGAGAACGGGCGGCGAUGUUCCGGAGCGCAGGGCAUGUAGACUGCGGGCAACCCCGACAAGUUGCGUGUCUCCCAGGCAGAGAUGGGAACGGUCGGUCCACAGACAGUGGCGGUCAUCUAUUCGCCCCUAGAAAGUCGACGUUUUCGGGGGCAAGCAGGGGAGAGAUGGCGGCUGCGUCUGGACAAGGGUCGGCGCCCGUUAUAAGUGCGGCUUCUCCGUCUGUGGGGCAGCAGUGGGAGAGGAGUGCAGGUACCAGAGGCAACCAACAACAAGAAGGCUUGCUCCAGCAUCCGACGGAGGUACCGCCCCUUCCAGCAACCGCGCGACCAACGCAACCAGCCCCGUCCCAAGAGCACACGACCUCUACGCCGGGAGGAGGGGCCAGAGGCGUCCAUGGCGCACCCACCGCCGCCAGCUGUACAUGCCAGAGCAGCAGUUCUUCGCCUCCCUCAUGUGUACGACCCACUACACCGCGGUUCGAUAGCGAGAUCAUGCCUCUUCCCGUGUAUGUUGGGUCGCCACUUCCAGCAGCCUCUGCCCUGCCAGCCGGGGAAGCAGGAGCCGGUGGUGCCUUCGAAGGUGAUUCUUGUCCAUCUUUUUCUGAGGAAGCGGCGAGGACGGCGGUGGCGGCUGCAGCAGCGCGGACUGGCCGUCCGGGUGUCCAGAACGGGCGAGAGGUGGACAACACCCGGAUCGUUGUGGAUGCUAACGCCGCGGCCGCCGCCGCCGCCGCCGUCGCCACCGCCACCGCCGCCGCCAUCUCCGCCCCCCAAGCGACCCAUUCUUCUCCUUCUUCACCUGAGUCGAUCGCAGAUUCCGCGGUGGGAAGUGGCUCGGUUGCUCAACAGCAAUCGCCGACUGCGGCCUCCGGUUUUGACCGGGCAGCAACCCCCUACGAGACAGAGGAGGCAGACCUUGAGGCGCGUGUAGCCAAGGCCGAGCGGCGCUUGCGAGCCUUGCAGGAACGCGCGCGCCAGCGGCGUAGAGACAAGCGCGAGCUCGCGGCGCUGCACCAAGCCCUCGCCAAGCAAGAAGCAAGAACCACUCACAGUGGGAUUGGCGGCAGCGGCAAUGAUGGUGGUGAAAUGGGGGCUGGUGUCGACCGUCCUGUCGAUGGAAAGCCAUCGAAAGCCUUGCUUUCCUCGGCGGCCGAUAACCGCGGCAACAAAAACGCCGUCGGACAAGGCGGCUUCCCGUCGACAAUAUCGGAUAACAGUAGUAUUUCUGCGGUGGACCCUGGCAACGAGGAAGGGCCAACACCUACCUCAAUCGGCGCGCCACGUAGUUUGGACGUCACCACCCCUGCUCAAACCGCGCUGCUGUCGCUGGGCGGUUGUAGCGAGCACGAUACCGCCACGGAUACCUCGUCGCGCCGAGCGCUGCUGGUGAGGAUGGGCAUGGUAAGAGCUCGGUUGGAUUCCGGGGGAAAGGUACGCGCGGAGGGCGGUUGGCUGCGGCCGGUGGCGGAAAGCUUGCGGCGCGAGGUGGAGGAAUUGGCCAAGAGCGGUGCGGCGGGAAGGAGCAGGGGUGGGAGUGGCGGGCCGUGAGGCACGCGUUGUGCAACAAAAGACUCAUUGUUACCUCUAUAUCGUAGACGGUUAUACCCUUGCUCCUGUGGGCGCGAUUCGCGUGUUGGUUAGCCGAUGUGUGUGGCUAUUCUUUCCAAGCUGAGGAUCGCCAAGGCCAGGCACGGCAGGGCAUCACACAUUGCAACGUUUCUACUAUGUAAAACCGACGCCUUCAAGCCU